UCAGACAAGAAGGGAAUUGGAGCGAAUAUAGAAAGAGAAACUCUGGUGCAAGAAACGGAGAGAGAAAGUGAGAGGAAGCAGAGAAGUCUUGGUUAGUGACAACUUUUUUCUUCAAUACCCCCAAAUUUUAAUCUCAAAUCCAUUGAUUCACUGAUUAUUGAGUCACGAAUUGAGGAUUCAUCCACUCGUCCAUGGCGUCCUCAACCGCAGAAACUCCAAGGCCAAAGCCCACAUGGGUCCUCCCUUACAGGACCCACCCCCUUCGGCAGCUCUACACCAUAGGCAAGAAGCUGGGUCAAGGCCAGUUUGGGACCACCCAUCUGUGCACGGAGAAAGCCACGGCCACGCUCUAUGCUUGCAAAACCAUUCCCAAGAAGAAGCUGAUCUGCAAGGAGGACUAUGAGGAUGUGUGGCGGGAGAUUCAGAUAAUGCACCACUUAUCUGAGCACCGGAAUGUUGUGCGGAUAAAGGGUACUUUUGAGGAUGCCCUGUAUGUGCACAUAGUGAUGGAGCUCUGCGCUGGUGGGGAGCUCUUUGACAGGAUUGUGGAGAAGGGGCAUUACAGUGAAAGGGAGGCUGCUAAGCUGCUCAAGACCAUUGUUGGGGUGGUGGAGGCUUGCCAUUCCUUGGGUGUCAUGCAUAGAGAUCUCAAGCCCGAGAACUUUUUGUUCCUUAGUUCUGAUGAAGAUGCUGCUCUCAAGGCCACUGAUUUUGGCCUCUCUGUUUUCUACAAACCAGAUGAAACAUUCUCAGAUGUAGUUGGAAGUCCUUACUACGUGGCACCAGAGGUUUUACGUAAGCAUUAUGGACCUGAAGCAGAUGUGUGGAGUGCUGGAGUUAUCUUGUACAUACUACUUAGUGGAGUGCCACCUUUUUGGGCAGAGACUGAGAUGGGGAUAUUCCGCCAGAUAUUGCAAGAGAAACUGGAUUUUGAAUCUGAGCCAUGGCCGGGUAUUUCAGAUAGUGCCAAGGAUUUGAUACGCAAAAUGCUUGAUAGGAAUCCAAGGAGGAGAUUGACAGCCCAUGAAGUAUUGUGCCAUCCUUGGAUUGUGGAUGACAAAAUAGCACCUGAUAGACCUCUCGACUCUGCGGUUCUUUCACGUCUGAAACAAUUCUCUGCAAUGAAUAAACUUAAGAAGAUGGCUUUGCGUGUAAUUGCCGAGAGGCUAUCAGAAGAAGAAAUUGGUGGUCUCAAGGAGCUCUUCAGAAUGAUAGAUACAGACAAUAGUGGAACUAUAACCUUUGAUGAGCUCAAAGAAGGUUUAAGACGAGUUGGAUCUGAACUUAUGGAGUCUGAGAUCAAGGAUCUUAUGGAUGCUGCAGAUAUUGAUAACAAUGGCACAAUAGACUAUGGAGAAUUUCUAGCCGCUACUGUACACUUGAACAAGCUGGAAAGAGAAGAAAACCUAGUUUCGGCCUUCUCUUUCUUUGACAAAGAUGGUAGUGGUUACAUAACCAUUGAUGAACUUCAGCAAGCCUGCAAACAAUUUGGUCUAAGUGAGCUUAAUCUCGAUGAAAUGAUCAAAGAAAUCGAUCAAGAUAACGAUGGACAGAUUGACUAUGGGGAAUUUGCAGCAAUGAUGAGGAAAGGCAAUGGAGGCAUUGGAAGGAGAACCAUGAGAAAUACUUUAAAUUUGGGAGAAGCCCUAGGACUUGUAGAGGGUAAAGAAUAAAGAAUAAAGAUAGCCUUUGAUGCACUAAUCUAAAUGAAUUUUGAUUCAUCCUUCCUAAUUUCAACCUUAAUGCUACUUGCUGCAACUAUAUGGCCUCACAUUCCUUGUCA